GGCAACCUGUCAAUCACAGGGGACAUAUAGACCAUUCAUCAUUCACAUUCAGAGACCAGGCGCGGCGCACCCACGCCUCCAUCCCAGGUCUCCAGGUCUGCCAUGUGUGUCACUCACCUCUUUCCCCUUUAAUCCGACUUCCUUCUGAGCGGAAUCAAUCUGGCCCUGCAGGUCCGAAUCCCUCUGGGCUCCUCCCCCUUCCUUUGGUGUCGUGUCAACCAUCACGUCUCUCUUUGGCUUGACUUCUUCCUCUGGUGUCUCCUGAGCUCCCGCAUCCUUUCCCACAGCGUCGCCAUCUUAGAAAGUGGAAGCGUUUGAAGUCAACUGUCCGUGUUUCCUUCAGAGCCAAUCAAAUGCUUCCAUCUUACGGCCGCAGCGAUGCUGCUUGUCUCUUAGAAAGCCGUUGUAUUCUUCCAGCAGGCCGAUGUUGAACUCAAGCUCUUUCUUCUCCUGUCUCAGUGACACCAGCUCCUCCGUCAGCGCCGCCUCCCUGCAUCUGGACAGCUGCAUCUCAGAUGGUUAGCAUCCCAGACCGUUAGCAUCCCAGACGGUUAGCAUCCCUAUACGGUUAGCAUCCCUAUACAGUUAGCAUCCCAGGCAGUUAGCAUCCCAAGACGGUUAGCAUCCCAAGACGGUUAGCAUCCCAAAACGGUUAGCAUCCCAAGACGGUUAGCAUCCCCAGACAGUUAGCAUCCCAAGACGGUUAGCAUCCCUAUACAGUUAGCAUUCCAGACGGUUAGCAUUCCAGACGGUUAGCAUCCCAAGACGGUUAGCAUCCCAGACGGUUAGCAUCCCAGACGGUUAGCAUCCCUAUACAGUUAGCAUCCCUAUACAGUUAGCAUCCCAAGACGGUUAGCAUCCCUAUACAGUUAGCAUCCCAGACGGUUAGCAUCCCUAUACAGUUAGCAUCCCAGACAGUUAGCAUCCCAAGAUGGUUAGCAUCCCUAUACAGUUAGCAUCCCAGACGGUUAGCAUCCCAAGACGGUUAGCAUCCCUAUACAGUUAGCAUCCCAGACGGUUAGCAUCCCAAGACGGUUAGCAUCCCUAUACAGUUAGCAUCCCAGACGGUUAGCAUCCCAAGACGGUUAGCAUUCCAAGACGGUUAGCAUUCCAAGACGGUUAACAUCCCAGACGGUUAGCAUCCCAAGACGGUUAGCAUCCCCAGACAGUUAGCAUCCCAGACGGUUAGCAUCCCUAUACAGUUAGCAUCCCUAUACAGUUAGCAUCCCUAUACAGUUAGCAUCCCAAAACAGUUAGCAUCCCUAUACAGUUAGCAUCCCUAUACAGUUAGCAUCCCAAGAGCAAUGCUUAAGCUCCAGCUCGUACGGUGGAUAUGUGGACACCUCGAUUUGGACUUGCUGCUGACGUAGUUGAUCGGUGCUGAAGUCCUGCUGCUGCCUGAGCUUUUCAGACGUAUGUUUGAGCUCCUCGUAAAGGUUGUGCAGCCUCAGGAUGUCCACCUUGGCGGUGACCAGAGCUUCCUGCGGACACACGGUUUGAUCCUGCAUGAAAGGCUCAUCUUUAAAAAAAGGCAAAUAUUGCAUUCAAAAUUCAGAUGGAAAAAGUCAUCCACAUUCCGGAAUGAGGAUUUUUCCUCCAAAUAUGUCAAUCUCCAAUGGAAUCAUUCAUGUUCUUCUCAUUCUUUCAUAUUUUCAUGUUGAGGAGCCAAACCAUUCCAAUGAUGCCAUCAUCAUUAAUCAUAGAUCAUACCAUAUAUCAUGUAUUCACCUACAGGAUGGAGAUGUAGUUAGGACUCACCCCCGUCUUGCUGAGGGCCUGGUUCUUCUCCUGGCUCUUCUCCUCAUACACGACUUUCUGCUUCUUCAUUUGGAGCAGCAGCUUCCUGGUUGCAUCCUUUGGAAACACCUGCAAGGCCAUGCACGCUUAGUCAGCCCCCCCCCCCAUUCAAGACCUCCAACGCUUGCUCAAUCAGCUUCUCUCCUACCGGCACGCUGGCUUGGAGCUGGCCCUCCAGGACCUGGUCCUCCAGGACCUGGAUCUUGUUUCUCAGCACGUCUUCGUUGGGGCGACUCUGUGGUUGGGAAAGGAAAGGGAAGAUCCGUGCCAACCUGAUUCCAUUGGACACCGCUUUAUCCAUCCCUGCCGCGUGCCCGACCCCCGACCCCUGACCCCAUGAAGCACCGGCUGCUGCCAUUGUUCACUCCGCUGGAAUCGAACCGACAACCUGCCUGUGAGGUUUUGGCGACGCCUGUACGCCACGCACCCGUAUUUACCCAAUUUACCGCUGCGCCAAGAAUGGACCAGGGUGGAGCUGGCGAGCUUUGGGUCACCUGACCUGUCACCUCACCUGACCUGUCACCUGUCACCUGUCACCUGUCACCUGACCUGUCACCUGUCACCUGUCACUGCCCCAAGCUGAAAAUGUGACGUCUCGAUUGUUGACAUAAAGUGUUGGCUAUUGAUCGUGCGGUCGUGCGGUCGUGCGGUCGUGCGGUCGUGCGGUCGUGCGGUCGUGCGGUCGUGCGGUCGUGCGGCCAGGAUUCCCACGUGGAAUCUAAAACUUUUCAGCUGGAUGAACUCUGCCUAGGAACAAUGAGGUGAAAGGUCGUGUGGUGGAUAUCUGCUGUAUUUUGUCACAUGAUCGUUGUUGGUCCAAACCCGUGUCUACCCUUCCUGUGCAUUCGUCUGCACAGACGAGACCGGCAACAGGAAGCUCAGAGCGACCGCACAAGCGCUUCCUGCGGUGACAGCCGUCAUCCUGUGGAUGGUGACUGUAGUUGUGGGCAUGCCCAUCAUACCUGUUUCUGCCUACCUUCCAUAUUGUGUUGAAGGAACUGAGAAGCUGCGCGAUGCUCUCCUGCAGGGCUGACAAUUUCUUCUUGAUGGUCUCCUCCCUCCACAAGGCCUCCUGGUGGAGGACAAAGACCAGGCCUACUGAAGACGUCCUGAUGUACGCUACAUCAUGUGACACCAGGUUCAUGUCUUUGAAAGGGGCGCCAUGAUGCUUUUCCCCUCUGGGUGCUAACAACGUAGCUAGAAUGAUGGAUUCUGGUGUUCAACCAUGCCAAACGUUCACAUCCUGAGGUUGGGGCAUCAGGAAGGGAGCCCUCAAAACGCUCGCUGUCAGAAACAGUACACAUACCUGCAAGUACUCUUGUAACUGCAGGACGUCCUGGAAAGGAAAAUGGAGUUAAGGAUACCCUCAUAUUCCUGACUUGGAAUGCUGGAGAAACUCACACAUUCUUUGAUGGUCACCAGGCCAGAGCUGCAUGAAGAAAGGAAGGAACCAACCAUUAAAUGAAUGAAAGAAUGAAUGAAUGAACAUUCAUUUGAACGAACGAAUGAAUGAAUGAACGAACGAACGAAUGAACAUUCAUUUGAACGAAUGAACAAAUGAAUGAACGAAUGAAUGAAUGAACAUUCAUUUGAACGAACGAAUGAAUGAACAAACGAAUGAAUGAACAAAUGAAUGAACGAAUGUGCUUUAUGUGACACUCAUACAUGAUAUUUAAGACACUUGAGGGGGCCAUGAGUAUGAGUUCUAUCUGUAAAGGUCCAUAUAUGAGUUCUAUCUGUAAAGGUCCAUAUAUGAGUUCUAUCUGUAAAGGUCCAUAUAUGGGUUCUAUCUGUAAAGGUCCAUAUAUGGGUUCUAUCUGUAAAGGUCCAUAUAUGGGUUCUAUCUGUAAAGGUCCAUAUAUGGGUUCUAUCUGUAAAGGUCCAUAUAUGAGUUCUAUCUGUAAAGGUCUGAGUUCUAUCUGUAAAGGUCCAUAUAUGGGUUCUAUCUGUAAAGGUCCAUAUAUGGGUUCUAUCUGUAAAGGUCCAUAUAUGGGUUCUAUCUGUAAAGGUCUGAGUUCCGUCUGUAAAGGUCCAUAUAUGGGUUCUAUCUGUAAAGGUCUGAGUUCCGUCUGUAAAGGUCCAUAUAUGGGUUCUAUCUGUAAAGGUCCAUAUAUGGGUUCUAUCUGUAAAGGUCUGAGUUCCGUCUGUAAAGGUCCAUAUAUGGGUUCUAUCUGUAAAGGUCUGAGUUCCGUCUGUAAAGGUCCAUAUAUGGGUUCUAUCUGUAAAGGUCUGAGUUCCGUCUGUAAAGGUCCAUAUAUGGGUUCUAUCUGUAAAGGUCCAUAUAUGGGUUCUAUCUGUAAAGGUCCAUAUAUGAGUUCUAUCUGUAAAGGUCUGAGUUCUAUCUGUAAAGGUCCAUAUAUGGGUUCUAUCUGUAAAGGUCCAUAUAUGGGUUCUAUCUGUAAAGGUCUGAGUUCUAUCUGUAAAGGUCCAUAUAUGGGUUCUAUCUGUAAAGGUCCAUAUAUGGGUUCUAUCUGUAAAGGUCUGAGUUCUAUCUGUAAAGGUCCAUAUAUGAGUUCUAUCUGUAAAGGUCCAUAUAUGGGUUCUAUCUGUAAAGGUCCAUAUAUGGGUUCUAUCUGUAAAGGUCCAUAUAUGGGUUCUAUCUGUAAAGGUCCAGAUAUGGGUUCUAUCUGUAAAGGUCCAGAUAUGGGUUCUAUCUGUAAAGGUCUGAGUUCCGUCUGUAAAGGUCCAUAUAUGGGUUCUAUCUGUAAAGGUCCAUAUAUGAGUUCUAUCUGUAAAGGUCCAUAUAUGAGUUCUAUCUGUAAAGGUCUGAGUUCUAUCUGUAAAGGUCCAUAUAUGAGUUCUAUCUGUAAAGGUCCAUAUAUGGGUUCUAUCUGUAAAGGUCUGAGUUCUAUCUGUAAAGGUCCAUAUAUGGGUUCUAUCUGUAAAGGUCCAUAUAUGGGUUCUAUCUGUAAAGGUCCGUAUAUGGGUUCUAUCUGUAAAGGUCCGUAUAUGGGUUCUAUCUGUAAAGGUCUGAGUUCCGUCUGUAAGGUUUGCACUCACUGUGUUUGAACGCCGGCCUCGCUCCUCAUGGUUUUGGCAUCUAGGAGACAAGGAGGACUUUGAUGUGAAGGCCAGCAACAACCUUUGACAUCAGUCAGCCACUCACCAAUGAUUGUGUCAUGUAUGACGCUCUCCAUUGUGAUGUCUUCCUCCAUCAUCAUCAUCAUCUGCUGCAACCAUGAGAAGAGAAGAUGAUGAUGAAAGCCACAAAGUCUUGAAAUCAAUUCAAGGGGAAGUGCACUUUUGGGGAAUGUCGCACAUCAUUCCCAAUCCUUGUGUCAAUCAUCAACACAUUUCUUUCCCUUUUCUGUGGAUUAUAUGAGCAGAAAAGCAGAUAAUAUCAGCUAGCUUCCAAUGCUAUGAUUGGGAUACAGCUAUGUGUACUAUGAAUCCCUGUCAAAAUAAACGUGUACCAA